AUGGAUUCUGCUGCGAUAGUUGACGACGCAAUUGUCAUUGAGGACAAUGAAGACUUUGUUGUGGAAGAAAACAGUAUAAAGUUGUUGCCCAUCAAGAGAUCCGCAGAUGAUGGGUUAAACCACGCUCACGUUUCUGUUAAGAAGAGUAAGAGUACGUACAAUGACGUUGAAAGCGGCUUCAGGUUAUUUAGAAAGCAUUUAAUGCGUCAUUUGAAUCACUCUUUGCAGGCAGAACAGACGAGAAUCUUCAAGUACUUGACAGAUACGAAGGAAGAAAUCUCGAGGGUUUUAAAGCAAUCCAUCAUUCAAAAGGAAAGUCAUUCUAUUAUCAUGGUUGGCCCAAGAAACAGUUAUAAAUCGUUUCUCAUCGAUCAUGAAUUGAGGCUACUAUCCAAGAAUUAUAAGAAUCAAUUCAUCACUGUGAAGUUGAAUGGAUUUAUUCACAGUGAGAACGCGGCAAUUAAUGGUAUAGCCGCCCAAUUACAAACACAAUUAGAGGAAUUACAAGGUACAGAACAGACUCUAGCUGAACCAGUUUUAAAAGAGCAAGAUGCAAUCAAUACUGAUAUUAGCAGUGGGUCUUUGACAGAAGUGUUUGAAAAAAUCCUUAGAUUGUUAGAUUCUGCUGCUACCAAGACAAAUAAUGUAAAUAAGAGCAAUAAUGAUACAAAGAUAACAGUUUUGUUUGUCUUUGACGAAAUCGAUACUUUCGCAGGACCUGUUAGACAAACUUUGUUGUACAAUUUAUUCGAUAUGGUGGAACAUGCCAGAGUACCUGUCUGUAUUUUUGGUAACACGACAAAACUAAAUAUACUCGAAUAUUUGGAGAAGAGAGUUAAAAGUAGAUUCUCGCAAAGAAUUGUAUAUAUGCCUCAGUUGAAGGAUCUGGACGAAUUCGCUAAUACAGUCGCUGAAUUACUUUCACCUUUACCAGCUUCAUUGGAAAAUGACAAUGAACAAUAUUUAUCACAAUGGAAUAAUCUGAUAAGCGAGCUAGUCAAGGAUGAAAAAUCUAAUUUAUUUAAUCAAAUCAGAUUAAAUUAUGAUACUUUCAAAUCCCUGGCAACGUUCAAGAACUCUAUAAUCCCACUAAUUGGAUCCGGUCAAAAUUUCGAAGACCUAAAAUUGUCCAUGUUAUCCUGUAAACUAAUUGAAGGCUACCAUCUAAAUCAAUUACAGAACGGUUUAACUUCCACUAUCAGAUCAUUAUCUGAUCUUGAAUUGGCGGUAUUGAUUGCAGCUGCCAGAGUCAGUUUAAAAUCGAAAGAUGAAAUGAUAAAUUUCAAUUUAACUUACGUGGAAUAUAAAGAAAUGAUAAAAUCCAUCAAUGCAAAAGUGCCCACAAGUUCCAAUCUUACAACAAAUAGGCAUUUGAUAAAACUCUGGGAGAAAGAUGACGUGAAGAACGUGUGGGAAACUCUGCAAGGCUUUACAUUUAUAACAGAAAAAGGUGCCAUCGGUAUUAGAGAAUCUGCCAUUGCAGCGUUCUAUGCCAGUAACUAUCAGUUCCAUGGAUCUACAAUCCCAUUCGACCUAAGAUUGUAUCAAAUGCAAGUAACUCUGAAAGAAUUAAGAACCGUCGUACCCAGAUCUUCAAUGUACUACACGUGGACUCAACUAUAG